CAUCCCAGCAUCCACACCACAGAUUCAUAUUCCCGCGAGAUUAAACAGCGAACUAUUAUUAGGUUUUUGUUAAAAUCAGCUUGCUUUUAGAAGUAAGCAUUCAUUUCAAAAUAUUUUGUUACUUGUCAAUUUUUGUGAAUUUGGCAUAAUACGUACUAAUGUUCUGGUGCUAUAGUAAAUGGUGGGAAUCCCUUGCUAUUGGCAACCACUUUCCCUAAGGAAACUAGAUUUUCACACGAGUAUGCACAGUAUAGUAAAUUCACAACUGCAUUACUGUAAUUUAAAUUGUCCAAUUUGAUAAAAUUGAUUGGAUUAUAAAUAACAAAUACAGAAACGUAAAAAAGAAGUAUCAAAGUAUUUUAUAUGAAAUAUGCUUUAUAUGAAAAUGACAUAAAUCAUAACCUUGUUUUAUAUAAUUCAAAGUAUAUGCCGGUUUAGUAGUAACUUUCAUUAAUUUUCUGACAAGGAUGUCCCAUAUUAUUGCACAUGACAUAUGUAAAAAGCCACGUACAAAGGAUAUUAAAAUACAAGAAGAUGUUACAUUUUUUCAAAUGGGCUUUUCGCAGAAAAUCCUCGACGGAUUAUCAGUUUGUGGUUUCCAAAAACCAUCACCGAUUCAGUUAAAAGCUAUUCCAUUAGGACGAUGCGGUUUUGAUUUAAUAAUGCGUGCUAAGUCAGGAACAGGUAAAACGUUAGUAUUUUCUGUAAUAGCACUUGAAAUGCUUGAUGUACAAGUACUAUCUAUACAAGUAUUAAUAUUAGCGCCUACUAGAGAAAUUGCCAUACAAAUUUCACAAGUGAUUUCAUCUGUAGGUUGUGAAAUGAAAGGUUUGAAAGUUGAAGUGUUUAUAGGAGGUAUAGCUAUAAAUGAAGAUAAGAAGAAAUUGAAUGGUUGUCAUGUAGCUGUUGGCGCGCCAGGCAGGAUUCGACAUUUAAUUGAUAAAGGAAUCUUAAAUGUCGAAAAUAUUAGGUUAUUUGUUCUUGAUGAAGCAGACAAAUUAAUGGAAACUAGUUUUCAGAAAGAUAUCAAUUUUAUUUUCUCAAAAUUACCAAUAAAUAAGCAAGUCAUAGCAUCAAGCGCAACUUAUCUAGGAGAUUUGGAAACAUUUUUACAAACAUACAUGUGUUCUCCAGUUGUCACAUCUUCAGAUAAUGAUGAACCAAUUCUUGUUGGACUAAAACAAUUUGUAGCGAUUGUUCCUUUUCAUCCAAAUGCUAUGAAACAGGUCCAAAUAAAAGUAGAUGAACUGACAAAAAUAUUGAACUCUGUUCCAUUUAAGCAGUGCUUAGCUUUUUCAAAUUAUCAGUCAAGUGCAACUUAUAUAGCUGGAAAUCAAGAUAUGACAAAAAGACUUGAUGCGAUUAAUAAAUUAAAAAGUUUUAAAUGCAGAAUAAUGAUAACAACUGACUUAACUGCAAGAGGUAUAGAUGUGGAUAAUGUUAACUUAGUGGUAAAUCUUGAUUUGCCCAAUGAUGCGCCGACAUAUUUACAUAGAAUAGGAAGAGCUGGACGUUAUGGAUCUUACGGUAUUUCUAUCACAAUAGUGGCAGAAAAUGAAAUUGAAACAUUUAAAGAAUUGUUAAAUUCUGUUGGUGGUCCAAAUUUUUAUGUUUUAAAGCUCCCUCCGUGCUACCCAAAUGACGUUUGGAGUACGUCCAGUACAUUCUUCGAAAAAUUUUGUGCAAAAUCGGAUUUUGUUAAAGAAAAUCAACUCGAAAAUAAGAUUGACGUUAAUGUUACAAAUGAAUUAUCUUCAGACCCUGUUAAUACGAAAUUACGAAAUAAUAUACAUUCAGAAGAUAGUGAAAGUACACUUGAUAUAAAUGAAAAAAGUAUAGACAAUACGCAAUGUUAUAACCGAGAUAAAGUGAAAAAUGUUACAUCAAAAUAUAUUGAUAACUACCAGAAAAAUGCUCUUAAUUCAAAAAUAUUACCUAACAUGCCUCAUAAAAUAAAAGUCAGUUCUUUAUUUGAACAAAACACGAAUAAAAUUGAUGAAUCUCAGGAAAUUAAGAGCAAUAAAGAGGAUACUGUUCUUACAAGUUCAUACAAUUCAUCUAAAUCAAAAGUUGUACACAAUUUUAAAUUAAAUUUUCUAUCAAGCAAUUUAUCUGCAUGGGAAAAAGCUAAUGAAAAUACAUUAUUUGAAGUUGAUUUGACUGAUAUCCAAGAAGACAAUUUAUCCAGCUCCGAUAUUGAUAAUAUUAUCGAACAUUUAGAAUAUAACCGUUACUAUAAAAUAUUACAAGAAAGUUCUUCAUUACCGAAGGAUCAUUGUGUAGAGAAUGAUAAUGUAACUAGUAAUAUAGUAAUGGUUCCAGAUGAGAUUCCAGAUUUUGUAGAUACUUAUUGUUUAAAAGAAUUAAAUGGUUAUAUAUUAGAACAAAUGAAAAAUUUUAAUAAAUCUGAAAAUGAGUCACUUUUUGAAGAAGAAAAGUCAUUGGAAGAAGCACAUGCAUGGAAACAAAAAUUAGAAUUUGAAAUUGAAGUAUUAAAUACCACAUCGAAACUUAUGAAAGAGUCAGUUCAAAAAUUAGUUUAUCAUGAACAUGUUGAAAUGCUUCAAAUAUUCUACAAAAUACAGAAGCACGCUCUUUUGUGCAUCUAUCCGGAAAUACGAAACGAUGAUGAAAUAGAUGACACUUAUUCAUAUUUUGGAUUCACAUUACGUGGAAAUUUAGUUGACAUGUAUAAAGAAAUGGAGGAUUUUAAAAGUUCUCACCGAGUAUCUGGACAAAAAUUUAAUGCACAUUUCCCGUAUCCGAUUGAGCAUGAUUCAUACAUGCCAAAUCUGAAGAUAUUGAAACCAAAUCUAAAUAAUUAUCGUGAUUCAUUAGGAUAUUUGAAAUCAGAUCCGUAUCCUAGAGAGAAACUACUGCAAAUAGUGAAUUAUGUGGCGUUUAUUAGUGAAAUUAAAAAACAUAAUUUGACAAGAAAGUUAAGAAGAGGAUAUGUACUAUUUGAUGAAUUAUUAUCAACAGUACAAAAUGAAUUCUUAAGCGAUAAAUCAAGUCAGGCUGCAGAUACUAAUUCAAAAGAUAUGCAAAAUCAAUUUGACUUACAAAAUCAAAUAGACGUUGAAAAAGAUAUUAAACAGAAAAGCAUAACUAUAAAUGAAAAUGAGCAGAAUAAAAUAAGUGACGAAUAUAAUUCUAAUAAUUUAGUAUUAGCAAAGUCUGCACAAAAUGAUUAUGUUAAUACACAAGAAUUAGAAUGCUACAGGUUACAAAAUAACGUUUCUACUUCCUCAAAUAAGACCGACGAUCUUAAGGAGUAUAAGAUGAGUAAAAAAGUGUAUUCAAAAAAUAAAUUUCACAGAUGGAAAACGAAUAGAACACAAGUGAAUGCUGCUAAAAAGACAGAAAAGACUUCAUCUAAAAUUACAACAAACAAUACUUUGCGUGAUGUUGAUAGAUUAUGCAAUGACAUUGAUUUACAUGAAAACCCAUCCAAUGUAAAAAUAGAACAACUGCCAUUAAGAUCUAUGGAAAGUAAUAAACAUUUAUAUAAAUCUCCUGAAUCCUGCAGAUUUGAUACAUUGAAUAGUGAUAAAUCUGUUAAUACAUCUUUAACAAAAAAUGUAUCACAGAAGCAUUCAGAUGAUAAAAAUUUAUCAGAUACAAUGAAUGUUUCUAGAGCUUAUGACGUACAUAAAUCUGAACAGAAUCAAUCUUUAAAUACACAAUAUUAUAUUCCUUUCUACAACUAUAUGCAUACUGUUCCUUCUACUUUUCAAACAGACAACUGUACAAAUGUUCCUAGCUACUUUUCAAAUUCUACUCAUGUACAAAAUGAAACUAGUCUUCGCUACUCAUUGGAUAAAAAUAUUCACGAACGUGAAAUAGAAAUUGAUCAGUUUUUAUCAUCUCUGAGAGCUCAGACUGAUCAAUUACAUUUAGAGCUGUAUACUUCGGAAAUGCUCUAUAAUUGCACAAGGAAUUGUAAUUAAUAUUAAUGCUAUUAAGCAACUGUAAGUUAUAAGUUAAAAGUAAUAAUGUCGGUCGGUUCCUAAGAGACAGUCUAACUUAAUUUUGUACAGUUAAGCACAUGUUCGAUUUCCGAGUAAUUAAAUUUUGAAUUGAUAACGUCGUAACAAAAGGUUAGUAAUGUACAUUUGUAAUAACAUAAAUACUGCUACAACUUUUUAAUACUAUAAAUGAGUACAGUUCUCUUUUUUAAUAUCUUGAAUAUGUAUAAUUCAUUUUUGUAAUAAAAUUCGUAUGAAACCUGUUA